AUGUGGUGGGCCAUUAGUGCCGGAACUAGCGACGGCGGCAAACAGCAUCGCAACGGUGGGAGCCAGGGAAAGACGGCAUGUGGGUCGGCCCACCAACUGCAUUUAUUCCGCCAGAGGCAGGCGCGGGAUGUUUCAAUCGAUCCCCAAGUCGAAAUCAAGAUAGCUCGGCAGGGGCAGAACGCCGGCGAGCGUUUCUGCAAGUACCGGAAUCACAAUCCAUCAGCUGGUGGAUGCGACUUCUAUGUGGCAGCAAGCCUACGCCGACUACCUCGCCUCUCUUGGCCCAGCUACGUCCAGGAGCAAGUCGGCCAAGCGGUGGGAGCUCAAGGUCUGCAGCCGCCGCACGCAUCGGAUGGGCAGCAGAACGUCGUGCCCGAGGGUUCCCAGGUCGCAUCUUCCGUCAGCGCCGCCGCAGGGGACAUGGUCGCUGCGCCCCCAAUUACAGGGCGCCAGGGAACCAUUGCUGUCGACGCUUCGUCCAUAAAUCUGGUGGCAUCCGUCGCUAAUCUCGUGAUUGGCGUGGCCAAUCUUAUACUGCUUGUGGCCGCGAUUAUGAUGCGCGUGCUGAAUUAGGUGUGAGGAUUUAACUGGAGUAUCAUGUAGUAGCUCGUAGUAAAUGGCGUAUGUACUGUCCCACUAAAUUGAGUUUUAUGGUGCGUGUGUGUGUGUGUGUGUGUGUGUGUGUUUAGCGGUCAAAGUAGCAAAGUGCGUGGAAGCAGUCAUCUACUCCAGGAUGUACAUACAGUAGGCCUUCUGAAUCUUUUGGAUGGGCAGACCGGUGACAUAAUUUUUUGUUACAAUUACA